UCCGGUCCCAGAGUCCGUUAGGUGGAAAGCGGGUUGGUGCGCGCGUGUGUGUAGAGUUGUAGCGAUGGCGUCCUGUGCGCGCGCUGUGUGGCUCGGAGUGAAGCUGCUCUGUAUCGUAGGCUCGGUGUCGGUUCACUGCGCGAGCCGAAGCGACCUGUUUAAAUACGGUGCUCAGUUUGGAGAUCAGACUCUGCAGCCCGGAACCGACCAGACUCAACUAGUCCUCUUAGCCAAAACUGUCUACUUCUUCAAUGAGGAGUUUAAAAAAGUUUACGUCAACACCAAUGGCUUUGUCUCAGUGGCUAACCCUCCAGCUCAGUCAGCGUAUCUGGGGAAGAUGCCCGCUACCUUUGGCAUCAUUGCAGCUUUCCUUGGAGAUCUGGACACAAGUGACGGAGUCGGAAAUGUCUACUUCAGGCAGGACAACAGUGCAGAAUUUUUGCAGAGAAUUGGUGACCGAAUAAGCCAGGCUUUUCCAGAAGACGUCAAGCAUGAGCUGAAUCAUGCCUUUGUUGUGACCUGGGAGAAUGUAGCAGCUCAUGGAGCACCAGAACGAGGAGAUGGUUCUCCUAAAAAAGGAAACACUUUCCAGCUUGUCUUAGCAUCUGCACAAUCGCACACCUUUGCUAUCCUUCUCUACCCAAAAGACGACAUGCAUUACUUCACCACUCCUGUAGGGGGUGACAGUCAGGCCGUUGAGGCUGGUUUCAGCAGGGGUCAGAUUCAAGGCUGGUUCACGACUUCACAAGGUCCUUAUUAUCGCAUCCCCUCUAAUGUCAAGAACACUGACAUCAGACAACUCACAGAAUUAACAAAUUCUGGCACCCCUGGUGUGUGGGUUUACAAGAUUGGCUCCUCCUACGCUUUCACUGAUAUUCAACCUGGCCAUGUCACCACUGUAGAAACUUUAGAAACACAGAGUGUGUUUGGCUGGGAAGCUACUGAAAACCCAGAGCUAAAUUACUCUGGAAGGGAUGACUUCACAGAGGAUACAUCCUAUGUAACAAAAACAAGGCCACCAGAAAUAAUCAUACCAGAAAACAUCCCACAGGAGCCAAACGUACCAGAAACAACAUUUCUAAAAUUGGAAGAGACUGUGAGCCGAGAUGAGUCUCGACCAACGUACGUCCACCAGCCUGUUCAGGAUAACAACCCACAUGGUGCCUACCCAUUACCUCGGGGACCCAGGCCAGUCAACCCGCAGGUGGUAGUUGUGGAUGAUCUUGAUGAAGAAAUAAAUGUUAAUGUGUUUUCUUAUUAUGAGAGGUGUGUCAACAACAGACACAAGUGCUCUAGCUUUGCAGAUUGCCGAGAUUACGACACAGGUUACUGCUGUCACUGUAGGCCUGGCUUUUACGGCAACGGGAAGGAUUGUGUCGCUGAGGGAAAACCGCAGAGGAUGAAUGGGAAAGUGAAUGGCAGAAUCUCCAUCGGCAGCUCGAAUUCCCCGGUCGAGUUCUCUAACAACGACUUGCACUCGUAUGUGGUAGUGAAUGACGGACGAGCUUACGUCGCCAUCAGCAACAUCCCAGCCAGCGUCGGUCACUCCCUGCAGCCUCUCGCCUCGCUCGGAGGGAUCAUAGGCUGGGCCUUUGCCCUGGAGCAGCCAGGAUAUGAGAACGGCUUCAGCAUUAUUGGAGGAGUUUUCACUCGCCAGGCUGAGGUGACUUUUCAGCCAGGCGGAGAGAAACUCAUCAUCAACCAGGAGUUCAAAGGAAUCGAUGAGCAUGACCACCUAGUGGUGAGUACUCAUCUGGAGGGCAGGAUCCCAGAAGUCUCUCCUGGUGCCACUGUUCACAUCGACCCCUAUGUCGAGAUCUACCAAUACGCCAGCAACUUGGUUACAUCCUCCUCUACACGGGAAUACACAGUAAGCCCCCUUAAUGGUCCAGCCAAGACCUUGAGCUACUUCUGGAGGCAGAGGAUUACGUUCCAAAUCUGUCCGCACGCUGAAUCCAUUCGCUCUGUACCAUCCAGCCAGCAGCUCAGUGUGGACCAGGUGUUCGUCAUGUACGACUCGGACAACCAGCUCAUCCGCUACGCUAUGAGCAACAAGGUCGGCCCUGUCAGUGGAACCCCACAGCAGAACCCGUGUUAUACUGGAAGACAUGGAUGUGACACCAAUGCAGCCUGCCAUCCUGGAGAGGGAAACCGGUUCACAUGCGAGUGCGCUACAGGCUUCAGAGGCGACGGACGCACAUGCUACGAUAUUGAUGAAUGUGCAGAGACCCCACAGAUCUGUGGUGCUCACACCGUCUGUAAUAAUCAUCCUGGGACUUUCCGAUGCGAGUGUAUAGACGGCUUCCAGUUCGGCGACGAUGGCCGCACCUGCGUCCAAGUGCACCACGACAUCGAUCACUGUCAGAGGGGGACACACAACUGUGACAUCACUGAACGUGCCCGCUGCACCUACACUGGCAGAUCUGAGUACAUCUGCUCCUGUGUGCCUGGCUUUACAGGAGAUGGCAGAGCGUGCCAUGAUAUUGACGAGUGUCAAACUUCAAGUUGCCAUAGAGACGCUGUCUGCCACAACACACAGGGCUCUUUUAUCUGUCAGUGCAACGCUGGUUUCUACGGUGAUGGCUUCAGCUGCACAGCUGAUUCAGUGCGUGAGAAGACCGAAUGUGAGCAACAUAGAGAGACAGCCUUGGCAGAAUCGUCUUCCGGUGGAUAUUCUUUUUUCCGGCCACGCCCAUCCGUGGGCCAGUACAUCCCCACAUGUGACCACAAUGGAGAGUAUACGCCUAUGCAGUGCCACGACAGCAUCGGUCAGUGCUGGUGUGUGUACCCCAGUGGCCAGGAGAUUGCUGGAACCAGAACUGAACCAGGAAGCAGACCCACAUGUACGGGUCAUGUACCCGUUGGCCCCACCACCAGGCCAGAUGUCAGACCACCACCUCCAGGAGCUAAUCUUUUGUUUGCCCAGAAUGGCAAAAUUGAUCACAUUCCACUGGAUGGCAGCAAAAUGAACAAAGAGGAGACUAAGACAAUGCUGCAUCUGCCAGAUACGGUGGUGAUCGCUGUGGCAUAUGACUGCAUGGACAAGAUGGUGUACUGGAGUGACAUCACACAGCCGUCCAUCAGCAGAGCCAGCGUUCAGGGAGGCCAGCCCACGGCCGUCAUCACAAAAGAUUUAGGAAGUCCUGAAGGACUAGCGAUCGACCACCUGUCUCGAAACAUGUACUGGACAGAUUCCGGUCAUGACCAGAUCGAGGUGUCUACACUAGAUGGACAGCAUCGACGUGUGCUCUUUGACACUGACCUCGUAAACCCCAGGGCCAUCAUCGCUGACCCGGUCAAUGGACGUCUAUACUGGGCAGACUGGAAUAGAGACAGCCCUAAGAUUGAGAUGUCCAACAUGGACGGUACAGACAGGACUGUACUUGUGAAAGAUGAUCUAGAACUCCCAAAUGGACUGUCCUUUGAUCCUCAUACCAGACAGCUGUGCUGGGCAGAUGCAGGGACCCGUACGGUGGAGUGCAUUAACCCGUACACUCGGGUGAGGAGAAAGGUGGUGGAGGGACUGCAGUACCCAUUCGGCAUUGUCUCCUAUGGAAGAAACCUUUACUAUACCGACUGGAGAAGGCAAGCUGUGGUGUCUGUGGACAAUGUAGCAGGGAAAGAGCUGGAUGAGUUCCUGCCUCAGAAGAGAUCGCGCCUGUACGGCAUCACCACCUCGUACCCACAAUGCCCUCAAGCUGAAAGAAACUACUGCUCAAGCAAUAAUGGUGGAUGCUCACACUUAUGUCUGCUGCGGCCAGGCGGCUUCACCUGCCGCUGCCCUGAUGCUCCGGACUCCACGUGCACCGAGAGAGCUUGAAUGACGGACAUGCAGGUGUCACCAAGAUGGGACUAAGCAACACAUGUGACACAUGAUUGAAGAGAAAAAACAUUGUGUAUUGUUAUUAGGGAGAGACGAUCUGUUUCCUAUCAGCCGCUAAACCUCGCCCCAUCAUUAAAGUCCUGGGACACUGCAGAUGAUGUGAUGUAGUAAUAUGUGAAAGAAAAAUAAAUAAAGUUAGACAUGGAUACGAGUCCAGUAUAAACUGGAGGAUGAGGAGAUCUCAGGAUAAAAUGAGAGGUAGAAAAGACCACAGAGAGAUGGGAUGGACUGCAGAAGAAAGAAGGAGUGAAUAUGGUGCUUUUCAAACUGUGACCAAAAGGGAGGUUUAGGGGUCCGUGAGCUGGGGCAAGAAGGUCAAAACUGGUCCAUUUUGCAUCAAAGGUCUUGUUGAUUUUUGAAUGAUUAAAAUCUUUAUAAUUUCAAAUUAGUGUCCUGUUAACUGGUUAUGUGGCAAUAACUGUAGUGACAUCAUCAUGUGUGAAAGUCUUAAGUCAUGUGGAGACAAAAUAUAGCCAUACACCUGCAUUUUAGCUAGCAAGUUAACUCCACGUUUAAUUUGUUUUUCUGUGUUUAUAUGACUGUAUAUGGGGUGUGGGGUGGAUGGGAUGGGAUAGAUAUUCUCAUUAUAUGAAUUAUUUACAUACAUCAAUAUAAUAGUUACAAUUAUGUUCCAGUUUUGUUCUUAGAUUACCACUUUUUAAUUGUAAAGCAAAUGUUAGAUAUAGAGUCACUGUUUAAAAAAAACAACAAAUAAACAACCCAAAUAUUUUUUGUUAAAGAAAAGGAAACGAUGAAAUUUACACACUUUCCCUAAACCCCACUUCCUCACCAAAGUCUAGUCCAUCAGCCAAGAUAAGUUUCUGUUCUCAUACAAGCUCGAUUUCUAUUAUUCUUAACAUUCCCUAAAGGAACUAGAAAAUAAAUAACAAACCACAAACAACCUACUUCACAGAAAGAGGCCAUUAAACGAUGGUAGAUAACAGACCUUUCUGCUUCAUUCAUCAUUGAAACUCUUUAGUAACUUGAUGGAAUUUAGACAGCGUUUGCCAAUCCACUGUUUAUUAAAGAGCACCUCAGGCUCGACUCAUAGCUCAUAAUGUGUCUUUUAUAAACUUUUGUAAGCUUCAGGAUCUGAAUUUGAUUGGCCACUGGAAACCAAAUCAACUUUAUGGAGCAAGAAAGAGUCUAUUUUUAAAAAGAGAAAAGAAAAAACGUGCAGAGUAAGAAAUUAAAAAAUGUGUCAUGAGUGACACACAUUGUUAUACUAAUAGCAGUAAACUUUUCUACGUGAUAUCAUCAUUAGCCUCAGAGUACAUUUUAGAUACCAGACAUGUCUUUGGUUACUGACCACACUUGAGGUAAAUGGGAAAGCGUGUUCAUUUCAUUAUUGUUUACAAGCUUUAAGCUCGAUGCUGUGGUGCUGUCCAUCUGGAUCGAGCACUGCUGGAGAGUGUGUUGGCCUUCCUGACCUCAUCCACCAUAUGGGGCUUCACACACUCACCAUUUAUGCAUUAGAUAAAGUUGCAAUGUACAUGUUGAUUAUGCAGCUGGGGAGAAGAGGUGGAAAAUUUCCAUUUUCAUUUCCAAAUCGUACAGCUGUCUAAUAAAAAAUCGGCCUUUUUUAUAGA